AUGGCGCCGUCCCCUCCCCCGUGCACGGCUGUCCGGGCCGUGGGGGCUGAGCCUGUAGUGGGAAGGCUGGGCGCUCAUUUCUCAUGCGAGGGCCCCAGCGCCAGGGCUGCACUGAGACACCUCCUGGGGCAGCGGGUGCCCCGGGACAGUGGGGGUGUUGGGUCCGCCUCCACGGAGGAGCAGGGCGCCAACCCGGCUCACCCCGACACGCAGAGCCCACACCGGACUAGACUCCCCGAGUCCAGGCUCUCGGGUGGCCCCGGGCAGGGCUGGGCACAGCUGGGAGGCCCCGGGCAGGGCUGGUGUGAGACGGGCUCUCCGGUGGCCCCAGCCCCGAGGCCCUGCACACUCAGCGGUUUCCGUCCCCAGGGGGGCAACAACGCUGGCCACACGGUGGUGGUGGACGGCAAAGAGUAUGACUUCCACCUGCUGCCCAGCGGCAUCAUCAACACCAAGGCCGUGUCCUUCAUCGGCAACGGGGUGGUUGUUCACUUGCCGGGCCUGUUUGAAGAAGCAGAAAAGAACGCGCUGCACGGCCCCCCCAAGAAGAUCCUGGUGGAAGGCGCCAACGCCGCCCUGCUGGACAUCGACUUCGGUGCGGCCCCCGCGCCCCAACGCACCGCGCUGUCGUGUCUGGGGGGACGGGGCGUGGCCUUCAUCCUGCCUCGGACUGACCCCCGUGCCCUCCCCCUAACUUACCUAGCCUUGGGUCUGGUGGCCGCGAGGACAGGAGGCCCCUGUCCUGAGCUGCACUGGGCCCGCAGCCUCUCCACUGUGUCCGGCUCCGACAGGCUGGCCCUGACGAAGCUGGACAUCUUGGACGCCCUGGACGAGAUCAAGGUCGGCAUCGCCUACAAGCUGAACGGGAAAAGGAUCCCCUAUUUCCCAGCGAACCAGGAGAUCCUGCAGAAGGUGGAGGUGGAGUAUGAGACGCUGCCUGGCUGGAAGGCGGACACCACGGGCGCCAGGAAGUGGGAGGACCUGCCCCCACAGGCCCAGAGCUACGUGCGGUUUGUGGAGAAUCACGUGGGCGUGGCAGUGAAAUGGGUUGGUGUCGGCAAGUCCCGGGACUCGAUCAUCCAGCUGUUUUAGGCGGCGGCGGCGCAGGCAGCGUGUCCUGGGCCUCGGAGGCAAUGCCGAUGCCGUAGAAGAAGAGACGCGAGGCGAGGCGGUUUGGUGGACUUCCCUGUUCCUCCGGAGGCUGUGGGCGCGACCACUGUCGCUCGCUCCUGUUUGGAAUGAUCCCGGGACGGGCGGACGGACCGUGGUGGCUCCUUUCUGUCCCACGCUGUGUCCGGUGGGAGCAGGUCAGCAAUAAACAUCUGGAGCCGCGGAGCGGGAGUGGUCACGCGA